AACAAUUAGAAAACAAGCAAAUUAUUGAGAGGGGAGAAGUAGAAAAAUAUUUAGUCCAAAAAUUAGGAACACCAAAUAAUCAACUCUCCUCUAACUGUUUACAAGAACUCACCAAAAAAAUUAUUUCUUACUACACUGAAACCCAACCCCAACACUAUUCAAUUUAUUCUUUGGUCGGCUCUUUAACCUCUCCCGAACAAAUCAUCGAAAAGCAAUUUAAGGAAGGAAAAAGAAUGGGGCAGACUUAUUAUGUCUUAAAAAUUUUCAACAGCAAUAAAAAGGUGGGGGAAGGCUCAAACGGGGAGAGAGAAGUUGGUUGGCUGGUUGAUUGUAAGGCACUUUUUCUUAAAAAGGCCUACCGACCAACAGACCCACCAAUUUUCUCUUUACCCCGUUGGCCUUCUGCUUGCUUAUAUACACCCAACCCUACUAAUAGCAAAUUGUUUGCUAAUCGUUCCUUUCCGAAUAUCUGGGAGGAAAGCAGUUUAUCGGCUGAGAAAAGAAAACAUCCCCAUCAGAAACCGAAGGGAUUAAUAAAAGCCUUGAUAGAAGCCACCACAGCCGAGGGAGAUUUAAUUAUUGAUCCGUGUGCUGGUUCAUUCGUCGUGUUGGAUGCUUGCCAAGAAUUAAAAAGGGAGUUUAUUGGUUGUGAUUUAACUUUUAAAGAAUUACAGGAAUUUCAGCAAGAAAGAACGACCAAAAGAGAGUUCUUUUUUCGGAAAGCACGGGGCAAAAUUGCUCGGGGGACUGUUUUCUCUGAAAUAGUUUACGAGGAGGCUAUUCCGAUCGACCAAGAAAUUUUACCAAGAGAACAAUGGAAACUAAAAGACUUUAUUGAGA